GUAUGAUAUUUAUAACAACGCUAAUGACAGUUUUUAUUUCUUUCACUCCAUAUAUGGACUGGAGCCUUAUCUAAGUAUUCAGUAAUCAGUAUUAGCGCUUAUAUAGCAAUUAGCAGUUCUCACAGCACACUACACAGUUACCACUUUGCUCAAGCCACUAUAACUCUCGAAUAGCGCAACGACAAAUAAUUUUUUUAAAUAUUAAUUUAUUGUUAAUUUUUUAAUAACAUUAAUUAUGCAGAAUCCUAAUGAGGACACGGAAUGGAACGAUAUUUUGCGAGCCAAAGGAAUAUUACCCCCAAAAAAAGAAAAAGAAAUAACUGAAGAUGAUGUCAUAAACCUAGUAGAACAGACUGUUCGAGAAAAACAAAAUGGAGUGAAGAAAGAUAUGGGUGAUAUGUCUCUUGAUGAAUUAGAUGAGCUGGAAGAUGAUGAAGAUGAAAGAGUUUUGGAAGAAUAUCGUCGACGUAGGAUUUCUGAAUUAAAAGAACAAGCUAAAAAAGAUGUUUUUGGUGAAGUUAUAGAAAUCAAUGGUCAAGAUUUUGUAAAUCAAAUUAAUAAGGCAGGAUCAGGAAUUUGGGUGGUUUUACUUUUAUACAAACAAGGUAUUCCAACUUGUGCAUUGAUGAAUGAAUAUCUAAAUCAUUUAGCUCGUAAAUUCCCAGCAACAAAAUUUGUCAAGAGUAUUUCAACAACAUGUAUCCCAAAUUAUCCUGAUAGUAAUUUACCUACUAUUUUCAUCUAUUUUGAGGGUGAUAUGAAACAUCAGUUUAUUGGACCUCGAAUGUUCUCGUUAACAACAACUCAAGAUGAAUUUGAAUGGAUGUUAGGUCAAGCUGGAGCAGUAAAGACUGCUAUUAAAGAAAAUCCCAGACCAAAGGCCAGAGAUGUUAUGUUUGAUAAUUUACUCUCAAAUAUGUAGCUGACUAAAUUAUAAAUUAUCUUUAAGCAAUGUUACUUAUAUUUUUCAGAUCAAUAAAUAGUUGAUAAAUGAUGAUUGUCAAGAUA